CCAGAGAAAAGCGAGCAGCCAGUCUUGAACGGAGCCGGGUGUCCUGCAGGGAAGUGGCUGCCGGGAAGGAUGUUUUCGUCGGUGAAGCCGUAUGAAAACCAGAACUACGCUGCCUUGAAGAAGGACUGCCAGCGGAAGAAAGUGCUGUUUGAGGACCCUCUCUUCCCGGCCAACGACGAUUCCCUCUUCUACAAGUCACGGAUUCAGGGCGUGCAGUGGAAGCGGCCGAAGGAGAUCUGCGACGAUCCCCACCUCUUCGUGGACGGCAUCAGCUCCCAUGACUUGCACCAGGGCCAGGUGGGCAACUGCUGGUUUGUGGCGGCCUGCUCCUCACUGGCCUCGAGGGAGGCCUUGUGGCAAAAGGUCAUCCCAGACUGGAAGGAACAAGAGUGGUCUGCCGAGAAACCGGACAACUAUGCCGGGAUUUUCCAUUUCCAGUUCUGGCGCUUCGGCGACUGGGAGGACGUGGUGAUCGACGACCGCUUGCCGACGCUUCACAACCAGCUCAUCUAUUGCCACUCCAACGCCAAGAAUGAGUUGUGGUGUGCGCUGGUGGAAAAGGCCUAUGCCAAACUCUCAGGAUGCUAUGAAGCCUUAGACGGAGGGAACACCGCCGAUGCCUUAGUGGAUUUCACCGGCGGUGUCUCGGAACCCAUUGACCUGAUCGAAGGAGGCUACGUGAACGACGAAGCCAAAAGGAACCUCCUCUUUGAGCGGGUGCUCAAGGUCCACAACCGAGGAGGCUUAAUCAGCUGCUCCAUCAAAGCCACCUCAGCUGCCGACAUGGAAGCCCGCCUGGAUUGCGGCCUGGUCAAAGGACACGCCUACGCAGUCACAGAUGUGAGGAAAGUCCGACUAGGCCAUGGCCUGCUGGCCUUCUUCAAGUCCGAAAAACUCGAUAUGAUCAGGUUGAGGAACCCCUGGGGGGAGAGAGAAUGGAACGGCCCCUGGAGUGACACUUCUGAAGAAUGGCAGAAAGUCAGCAACAGCGAGAGAGAGAAGCUGGGGAUGACGGUGGACGAUGACGGGGAAUUCUGGAUGGCGUUUGACGACUUCUGCACGCACUUCACCGACAUCAUCAAGUGCCGCCUCAUCAACACGUCUUACCUGAGCAUCCACAAGACCUGGGAGGAGGCGGUCUUGCGGGGGGCCUGGGCGAGGCACGAAGACCCCUUGAAGAACCGCUGCGGGGGCUGCGUCAACAACAGGGACACCUUCCUGCAGAACCCGCAGUACGUUUUUGACGUGAAGAAAAUGGAGGACGAAGUGCUGAUCUGCGUCCAACAGAAGCCCAAACGCACAAAUCGGAAGGAGGGCAAAGGAGAGAACUUAGCGAUAGGGUUCGACAUCUAUAAGGUGGAACUGAAUCGGAUUUACCGGAUGCACACCUUGCAGCCCAAAGUAGCCAGUUCCAUUUACAUCAAUUCUCGCAGCGUCUUCCUGAGGACGGACCUGAAAGAAGGCCGUUACGUCAUCAUCCCGACCACCUUUGAGGCUGGCCACGUGGCUGAGUUCCUUCUCAGGCAGUUCACAGAUGUGCCUUCUGAUUGCCAAGAGCUCACCCUGGACGAACCCCCUCACACCUGCUGGAGUGGAAUGUGUGGCUACCCACAGCUGGUCUCACAAGUCCACGUCAUCUCGGCUUCUGGGCUGAAGAACCAGGGCUCUGAAGAAGGAGUGGAUCCCUACGUGGUCAUAAAGUGCGAAGGGGAGAAAAUCCGUUCGCCGGUGGUGAAGAACACCCUGUCACCAGAAUUCGACGUGAAAGGCCUGUUCUAUCGCAAGAAGCCAGGGAACCCGAUCCUCGUCCAGGUCUGGAACCAUAACCUUAUAACGGACGAGUUCCUGGGCCAGGUGGGUCUUGUGGGUGACCCAAACGAACUUCACCCAAUGCACAUCCUCCGUCUUCAGGACAAACGAGCGAACCUUCUCCCUGGAAGUCUUGCAGUGCAGCUGGUCAGCAGCGACGUCCUCACGAACAUCUAGACGCCGCGAGGACGGUUCCUUUUGUGCCAUAUAUACAUGUGUAUAUAUAUAUAACCUUGCAAUAUGCAGUAUAUAUAUAUAUGUACAUAUAUGCCUGCCAAUGUAUGUGUACCGUGCAUGCGUUUACUUUUAAAAGGGGACCGGGUCUCAUGCGUUCGAUUAUUUUUGUUUGGUUUUUAAAUUUUUAUACAAAGGUGCCUUUUUCAAGAAGCAAAAAUGUUUCUGUUCUGUGUUUGGGUGGUUUUUUUUGGGUUUGGGGGUUUAAUUGGUCCGAGGCAUAAUUCGUAGCCGGUGAUGGACAGCAAGGUGGUGCGGAGGGGUCUCUAAACCAGUGCCGCUCUUUUUCUGGGCGGCCGCAGUACCAGUGCCACUAGGAUGUAUGUUUACACAGAGAGCUGCGUCUCUCAUCCGCACAUGCGCGGCUGGGGAUGUGUUUUAUCCCCAGCCUGGAAAACCACGUUGCCAAGUUCGCAGAAGGGCUGAUUCUUAACUUGUGCAUCCCCGGUGCUGUUGAUGCCAAGACGGGAAAAGGAGGAAGGGGCAUGAACCCUGGCCUGUUUGGGCUCAGGAAGGAGGAGCUGAAAUCCGUUGCUUUGAUGCACUCUACCUGCACAAACGGUUGUCCAGGACUGUGCGCAUGCUGUGAUUUUGCAUCAGUGCGGGAAAAGCACGGAGUGUUGUAUUGGGCAUAAAAAUCACUCCAGCUUUCCCCCUCCCCUUUUUACAAAAAGAUCAAGUUUGUAGUCCUCAUUGUUGCAAAGACUUUGAAAGCGUGUAAGCAAUGCCUACUGGGAUCUCAGAAUGCCACAGGGCAAGCCAGGAAGCUAUCUAUCUGUAUAAAACACUAAGGUGAUGCAUGGUAAUGUGGCACACUGGAGGUUCUGGGCAAGAACUUCCAGUUGCUAAGCAACAGGAGCUACUAUGAGAAGAACUUUGUAUGCUGGAGGUUCUGAGCUAUGAAAAGAACUUUGUGUUGCUAAGCAACAGGCUGGCCCCACCUGUUCACCUGCCAGUGGGACUUUUGUGAGAGGAGACCAGAGAGGAGACCAGGUGGCUUGCUAGAACGCAGGUAAGUCCCGCAGGACAGCAGGGGGGAGUGGCUGGGAGUUGGCCAGGCGGCUCACGGAGGUCUCAGGUAAGUCCCGCAGCUGGGAGGGGGGAGCCCAGAGAGGAGGCUAGAUGGCUCACUGGCGUGUGCAGAGGGCUCAGGUAAGUCCUGUGUGUCAGUGGGCACGUGAGCA